GCACCAAAAAAACCACAGCAGCAAUGGCGACCUGUAGCAGUUUUCAUGAUUGUUAUGCAACGGCCAAAUCGAUAUCAACAAAAGCAACCAUAAUUACAGCAAGAACACCAAUUAUAACAGCAAUAAAUACGCGGAAAAGCACAACAACGAUUGCAUUUAUUUUGUUAUUAAUUUUAUGCUGUUUAUGUGAUUACAAUAAUGGAAGCUGGGCCUCACAGUGCUGGAAAAAACACAACUCCGGUUCGAUACAGACGCCAGACGGUGAAUUUAAGCGCCCGUUUGGCAUACUCUGCACAUAUCGUUGCUUUCUCUGGUUUCCGCCAAUUUAUCCGUACUGUGAAUUCAUAUUCGAUUUGCGUUUAUCGAGGCACUUCACAUCGUUUCCGGACUGCUAUGAGAUACGAUGCAAUGAGACGUUUUCAUUUUUCGGAGGAGAGCAAAAUCUCUAAUACUUUUUCUAAACUUAAAUGUAUUUUUUUUAAUAUCUGUAUAUUUAUGUGAAUAUUUGUAUGCCUAAAUAAAUCGGUGUGUGGAAAAUAUA